GAAAAAAAUUUUGAAAACUUGGGAAAAAGCAUAGAGGAAGGGUGGGACCCAAAGGGGGUAAUCAGGGAGAGAGAGAAGACUUCAACAUCAAGACAGAGGAGAAGGAGAGUAAAAGACAGCUAGCAAUGAAGGAGGAGGCGCACCUACCAUAAACCCUUCAAUCCCUGCUUCCUCUCCUUUUUAGCCUCUGUUUUCUACCUCUCUCUCCUUUCAAAACUUUCCCAUUUCUCUCUCUCUCUCUCUCUCUCUCUCCUUCUUUCUUCUCUUAUCAAGGUUUCUCAAGCGAAAUUCUCCUCAUUUUCGUAGAAAUUAUCGCGUCUUCCCCGAAAGUUUUUGCUUAUCAGUAACAGAGGUUUAUUUUAUUUUAUAUCAAAGAAAAAAUGAUUGGGCCAACGAACUUCAUCGAUGAGAUAGAUUGCGGCAGCUUCUUCGACCACAUAGACGACCUCCUCGACUUCCCUAACGAGGAUGUGGAGGCUGGUUUAUCCGCCUCCGACUCCGCCGUCAACGCCGCCGCUUUUCCCAGCAUUUGGACAACUCAUUCCGAGUCAUUGCCUUGUUCUGACUCUGUUUUUUCCAACAACAGUGCUUCGGACCUCUCCGCGGAACUCUCUGUUCCGUAUGAGGACAUUGUUCAAUUGGAAUGGUUGUCAAACUUUGUGGAUGAUUCUCAAUGUGGAGCAAGCUUGACUAUUAAGAAAGAAGAGUCCUCUUCCAUUACUAAGGACUCAUCCCAGCAUCAGUUCCAGACUUCCAGUCCGGUUUCUGUUCUCGAGAGCAGCAGCUCCUGCUCAGGAGAGAAGACAUUGCCUCGCAGUCCUGAGAUGGCUGCCCCUGGGAGGCGUGGACGUGCUCGUAGCAAACGUCCCCGCCCUACCACCUUCAAUCCUCGUCCCGCGAUUCAGCUUAUCUCCCCUACUUCAUCUGUCAAUGAGAAUGACAUCCCUCAGCCGUUUGUUGUCCCCAAGGCGCCUUCUGACUCUGAGAAUUAUGCUGAGUCGCGGCUCUUGAUCAAGAUUCCUAGGCAAGUUAAUCCCGAACAUAAGAAGAAAAAGAAGAUCAAGUUGUCACUUCCAGCUGCUCCUGCAGAUAAUAAUCAAAAUUCAGCAGGGCAAGCGGUUAGGAAAUGUAUGCACUGUGAGAUAACAAAGACACCACAAUGGAGGGCAGGGCCAAUGGGGCCAAAAACACUUUGCAAUGCUUGUGGCGUGCGGUACAAGUCAGGCAGGCUCUUCCCUGAGUACCGGCCUGCAGCAAGUCCAACAUUUGUUCCCUCAUUGCACUCCAAUUCGCAUAAGAAGGUGCUCGAGAUGCGAAACAAAGUUGGUGUAGCACCAACAACAAUGGUCACCAGUUCACCAGAGUUGAUUCCCAAUAAAAGCAACCCAGCGUUGGAUUUUAUGUGAGGGAGGGUGUGGGGAAUUGUUGAAUCCCUAUUGCUGGGAUAAACUCUCCUCUCUGUUUCCCUCCCUCUCUCUCUCUCUCUUUAGCCCUUGUGUUAUUCUCUUACUGUUAUUUUAUCUCUUUGUUCAUUGUUUUUUUGUACAGGGUUGGAAUGGGGGAAUAGGAGCAAUAGAUGACCAAUAUUUUUAGAUAGUAGAGAGGGGUUGUAAUGAGAGAACUGAGAAAAAAAGGGUAGAGAACAUGGAAGCUUAAGGGUAGCAAGAGUUGUAGGUUUAGUACUGAGUAAGCCUUUAAAGGUCAUUAGUUAUUUGAGUCUGUGUUGUUUUCCUUUUUUUUUUUUUGCAUUCUUUCUUUCUAUUUUUCUAUCUUCUUCCUCCUCAUGGGAAUUCUUUUUGCAGUUUAUUUGUUAGUAGAAAUCAAAGUUUCUGAGGUGAGUAAUGGAAUUUGAGAACUUGUUAUUUUCAGUUGAAAAGAAAUAUGCUUCUCCUAUAUAGGAGCAUCACUUCUUCA